AUGGCUUACCAUCUUUCCAUCGACUCCAUGGCCAGGUCUGCCUUUCAAGACGACUCGGACUCGAGACUCACCAACCAAUUCAGGCGCAGCAUUUCCAUCUUCAGCCGGAAAGGAACCUCUUCCCCCGAAUCCACGGCCCCUUCCAUCCCUCAGGCGCCCCUCCCCGCGGCAAGGACCAGCAACGAGAAGCAGAAGGGUUGGCUGGAGAAGACGAGGAGCGUCUGCGCGCCCCCCAAGUCGAGGUCCGGCAGCGUAAGCUCCCCCAAAGAGUCCAGCUCCUCGUCUUCGAAAGACGAAACCCCAGAGUCAGCCAGUGACACCAAAAGCAAGCUGUCCAAGAGAGCCAUCUCUUGGUCCGCUGGUGACCUUGCCGAAAUGUCGAGAACGAGCAGUCGCAGGUCUCCGAAGAAGAUCAGCCUGAGGUCACCCAAAGGAACCAUCCUCAACGCCGUGCCGCCGGCCAGGACAAUUCAGAUGAGUCCUCUUGAGGAGGAAAUGGCUACCAGCCCAAACGACGAGAUCCUCUGUGCCAUCAGCGAGCAUCCGCCUACGUUGAAAGCUCUCAGCUUCCACUCAGAGCUCAGCCUACCUUCACUGCAAGACAUCGAAUCCUGUGGCACUACCUCACUAUCUCAGCAGGCUAGAUCGAGGAAGCGGAAGGACAUGGACAACCGUGUGGGCGUUUGGGUAGAUGGCAUCGUGCAUUGGGAUGAGGAUGUCAUGGACAGCCACAAGCAGGUGGUAGAGGUGGAAGAAGAGAUUGGAUUCACUCCAUUCCGUCCAGCCGAGAAGCCUCAUCUGUCCGUCAUCAUCCCCGGGGACGCUUCGGAAAAGAUCCCAGCCAUCUGGCAACCGCAGCCUCGUCGGCUUGCUGCUUUGGCAAAUCCGUCGUCCAAAUUCUCCCGACCGCAAGGCAUGGUACCGGAGAAGGCACGGAAGACCCUGGGUCUGGCCAUGGAUGUUGGCUGUCCGGUUUCUCCUCCAUCUCGGCCGAACAAACCAUCCAGCAACGCUGGGGAGAAUUUCCUAGAGUCCCGUUCCACGAGCUCUAACAGUUCCGCUCGGAACGAGUCCUCGACUGGGCACAGCCGUCGCAGCUCAGCCACUAGUAUGGAGCGGUCGAGUACCCCUUCGUCGCUCGACAGCAAGCCGCUCCCACCAAUACCGGCAGCUGAAGCAGAACCUGAAAAGCAUUCGGAUGCGGUAGAGCUGCCAUCAAAGCCCAAGCCCCAUCGUGCGGGCAUCUUGCUUCGUGCAAGCCCGAAUCCGGAUGGAUUAUCAUACAAACUGUUCCGACCAACGCGUUCGGUAAAUGAGCUCGAUGACUGCGACAGGAACUUCUUGCGUGCUUCUCCGUACAACCAAGGCGUACCCAGUCCCACGUUGAGUCAAGCGGAGCAAGACUUGCGGUAUCAGCUGGCUGCUCUCUCCCCCAAAUGCAAGCGCAGAAGUGGUAGCAAGGAUCAAACGGACUCUUCAGGAAUCAUCAGACGAAAGAGUAGUGUCCGGGAGAUCAUGCAGCCUCCGGUUUGUGCACCCGUAAUCCCCAAACGCUCUAGAAAGAGAGAGUGGUGUGCUCCGAAACAGACGAGCAACUCUGAGUACAUCCCCGCUCCUCACCUUCCUGCAAGGCGACGAUCAGAUGCUGAGCUCAAGGCUGCUGCACCCCUGUCCGAUAUCACCCCAGUCCGCAAAGCCGCUAGUAUCCAUCGCUGCGGCGGAUCAACAGACUCAUCCCCCACAAAAUCAUCGAGUAAACCGGGGUUGCCGCACAUUGCCCAACUACAGCAGUCUGAAGCUCUCAGAUCACCCGUUCCAAGCAUCACUGCCAAUGCUCAUCCUGGAGAGGUUCCUGAACGCGCAGACGAAGUGCAUCCAGAGAAUAUGUCCGAGCAUGCUACCGACGAAAUCUCAGACCAGCCUGAGACGAUCCUCGAAGCAGACGAGAGCACUGAAACUGAACUGGCCGUUCCCACGAGGUCGGCGGAGAAUGUAUUGCUCCAAAUUCUGUCUUCUCUUACCACCCCCGAGGACCUCUUCAAUACUGCCAUCAUCAACAAGGGCAUGUACCGAGUCUACAAGGAGAACGAAAUGUACCUACUCCGGACCAUAGCCUCCAAUCAAUCUCCCCCGGCUUAUGAAUUCCGAGAGUGGAGUCCUCCGGCGGGAAGGAACGACGCCAGUUCGACAAAGCCGCCUUCACAACAAGAACAUACGCCUACCUCGUACAUGCGGAGCUAUCGCCGGGGCGUGGUGGUCAUUGCACGGCUGAAGAAGCUGAUCCUCGAGCAUUGUCAGACGUUCAUACGCAAAGAAACGGCAGCCGGACUUGCCGACCCUUCGCACGCAAGCGCGCAACGCUUCGACGACGCCUUCUGGAGAAUCUGGUGCUUCUGCAAGAUCUUCGGCUGCAACAAGGGCCGCGAGGAUGACAUUACGGGGCAGCUGGACUGGCUGAAGGGCGGUCUCUUGGCCAACAACCAGGGCACCUCCGCAACAGUCAACACCAACCUCGAUUUUGACAUGAGCAGCGUGCUUCUCAACGCACCCGAUUUCUUUGCCGCGGCGAACGAGGGUGGUCUGUCGGCGGCACAGCUCUUUGACAUGACCGAACUUUGGACCUGCAUGACCGUCCUGUUGCAAGGAUACCAUGAGCGUGCGGAUCAAGCACGUCAAUAUGGCGUCUUUGCCAAGUGCAACAUCGAGGAGGGGGACGCGGAGAGAGAAGGAGAGGCUCUCGAAGAGUGGACCGCUUACCUACUCACUCUUGGUCCACACGUCGUCCUCGCCAUGGCUCAGCACAUGGGCCCCGAGGAUGAAGAAGGCUUCGCCAUGGCCAAGAAAUUCGGCUGGACACAGUGGACACCACCCUUGUACAGCUCCAGCCGUACCAACUUCCUCAAGGAACCCGUGGCCAAGUCGUACGAGGCGCAAGUCGCCUCCGCCACGCUGCGCUAUCAGGACCCUCAUGAGCUGCAGAUGAAAGAGCGCAGUCGGCAACGCGUCGCCACCUUGGCCGCCGAGAUCCGACUGCGUCGCCAGAGCAGCGAGUACAAGCGCUUGCCGCUGAUCGGCAUGGACUGCGAACGCGCCAUGAGUAUCGUCUCCCGCCGCGACAGCGCCUAUAGCAGUCGCUCUGCCCGGAGUAGCUCCUCCCGCUCGACCAGCAGCCGCUACUCGACGGCUACCCCCAUGACCGCGCCCUCGCUCUGGGGCUCUCCCGGCAAGUUCAGCACCAUUGUCGAGGCGCGCUGGGAGGGCCACCCCACGAUGAGGCAUUUCGGCGCGGGCGUCGCGGACACGAGCGGCCAGGCGGUCAAGCGGAUCGUGUCCAUGGGCUUCACACCGGGAGAAGCCAAGGAAGCCUUGCGAGUGACGGACCUCGGGGAUGGACUACGCCUGGAUCGCGCGGUCGAGUGGCUCCUCCGACAAUGUUGA